AUGAAGGCGGCUCAAACCAAAUGGAAAAAUUUAAGGGAUUAUUUUCGAAGGGAACUGAAAAAAAUUCCGAUUCCACGGUUAGGAGAUCCAGGAGACAUUGCAACUAAAUCCCACUGGACACAUUUUAAAAGUUUGCUAUUUUUAAAAGAUCAGUUUAAGCCUCGAGUAUCAACGGGAAAUUUGGUAGAUUCUCAGAAUGAAUUGCUUGAUACGGACAUGCAAUCUGAUGUGAAUUCUGAUGAUGAUAGAGUAGAGACGGAAACAAUAGACGAAAUGCAAGACACCCUGAACGUCGAGCCAGCGACACCUACUUCUGUUUCUUCAGAAAAUGUUGAGGACUCGUCCACAGGCACGUCAGGUCAUUUUGCUGAACCCCGAACAGUUUUGAAAAGCCGACUCCGUAAAAGAAAAAAUAAUAUUGCUGAUUUAGUGGCCAUCGAAAAACAUAAAUUGGAAUUCAUCAGAACAAAGAGAGCCAACAUAGAGGAAACCAAAGAGGAUGAUCAUCUGGCAUUUUUUAAGAGUUUACUGCCACACGUAAAAAAAAUUCCGGACAACAAUAUUUUGCCGUUUAGAAAUAGCGUUCAAGAUCUAGUUCAGAGAUAUGCGUAUGGCUAUACUAUUCAAAUGAAUCAAGGUUUGCAAACCUUCGAUUAUCAGAUCAAUCAGAGCGACAUCUCUUACUGA